CGGGACUAGCAGACGUACGCGCUAACCGGUGGUGGACACGAGAGCCGUACACUAGCACUCACAGCAUGAAGUACUACAGCAAGGAGUACAGACCGGCCAGCCCGUCCUGGCGCGCCGCCCUCUGCCUCGGGUUGCUGCUGGGCAGCCUGGCCUCCCUGCUGGGCCUGCUGCCCCUGCGCGGCUGGCCGCCCCGGCCCUGGUCGGGCUGGGCCGCCUACGGCGUCUGCCUCCUGGUGUACGCCGCCGUUGAGGUCGGCUUACAGUGUUCCUUCACCCUGCAGCUGGAGAGCCACGUUGUUAUGGGCGUCAUCGUGCUCCAGGGCCUCCUGCGCGGCCUUGUGUUCGCGGCCGCGGCGCGCCGGCGCGCCCUGCUCGGCCAGUUCGCGGAGUGCCUGGUGCUCUACACCGCGCGCCACCCUCCCGCCGGGUGGUGGCCCGUCGUCGCCAUGUCUCUCAUGGUGUGGCCCUUCUGGGCAGUGUACGGCGCCUACUGCGGGUACGAGAUGUACCGGAGAGAGGUGUCCUGGGACUGCUGCCCCUGGCGCGCCGUCGUCAUCGUGCUGGUCGUGGCCGGCGAGAGCCUCGUCAACAGCGUGGCCUUCCUGCUGGUGGUCGCCCCCAUGGCCGCGCUCGGCGUGCUCGCGGUGGGCCUGCGCGCGGACUGUGCGGCGGCCGCGUCACUGGCGCCCGGCGGGGCCUCUCUGGACCCGCGGCUCAGGUGGCGGGCCCUCCGCGUGCGCCAGCAGCUGCUGUGCGACAUGCACGACAUGGCCCUGGCCCUCUCCGAGGAACGCUCGCUCCUCGUGCUCGUCAACUUCAGCCUCAACGCCACCCUCUGGUACUCGGACUGCGCCUACAUGCUGAGCAGGCCCGGCGGGGCCCUGUCGCCGCUCGUCCCGGCCGUCGUCGCCGUCUGCCACCAGGUCUUCUUCGCCGCGCUCUGCGUCGCGAGCCAGCGGUUCCACGCGGAGAGCGUUCGUAUUGGGAGCUUAUUAUUAGGACAUUUAGCAGAAACUGUGGAAACCAAAGAAACGAGCCAUGAGGUGAGUUGCUUCGUUGACCAAGUUCUGCGCCAGUCGAACAGUUACAGUCUACUAGGUGUUCUUGAUCUCAACUCAUCUACUUUAAAAAGUGUUUUCGCCGCUGUAACAUCGUACCUCGUCUUUAUGGUCCAAUUUGAUAUUAAAGUUCAAUAAUUUCGUUUUGUGAU